AGCACUACCGAGAAUGUUUUCUACUAAAAAGUAUAUGAUCCCAAACCUUUCUUCCUCUUAAGCUUUUCUUGAUACUUCAUAGUCUCUCCACCUUCCAAUUUUCCACAACCAACUCCCUCUCUAGUUCUUACUCUCUCCAAUAAUGCAACCUAUACUUCUCAUAUAUAUAUAUACCUCACGUACUCUCCAUUCAGGCUCACCUCCAACUCUCAAACUAUUCUCGCUCUAGAUUGUCUUCAAUCAUGGCAGAUAUAGGUUGCCAAACAAAGCCCAACUCCACGACAACCAGUAGUCCUGCUCUAAAGCUCUUUGGAUUCAACAUUUCAGAAGGCAACAAUGGACAUACAGAGAAAUCUUCUUCUGGGUUUUCGGGGAUUAAUGGUUUUCAAUCCGGUGAUGGCCGGAAAUACGAGUGCCAGUACUGCUGCCGCGAGUUCGCAAAUUCACAAGCACUUGGUGGCCACCAGAACGCGCACAAGAAGGAGCGGUUGAUUCUGAAGCGGGCCGCUCAAAUGCAAGCCAAUCGUGGGUUGUUAACUUCACACGUUCAUUCGGCGUUCUCCCGGCCACCGCACCUUCUCUCUCUGCCGGUGGUUCCGCUGCCGCAGCAUCCGCCUCAGUCUCCUUCGUGGGUUUACGUUUCGUAUCCUUAUGGGCCGUCCUCUGGGCCCGUCAGGCGUGUAUAUGCUGCUUCGGAUUCGGAAAUGAAUACAAGCAUGGGAGAUGGUGAUGGAGGACAUGGACUUGACGAAUUGGGCUUAAAUCUGCAUCUUAGUCUUGGGCCUACUAUGUGAAUAUUUUUAGGCUUAUUGGCCCAUUGGGUCUUGUGUGCAUUUUUCCAAUUCUGCAUAGGGUUUCAAAUGAGGUUUUAUAAUCUCAAUAUUUGUUCUAGACUUCUAGUCAUCUCAAAUGUUGAGAUAGACGUACAUGAUUCAUAUGAAAAUUGUGGGUCUCGCAUGCUCCAUAUGAUCCAUAUGAAAUAGUGUGCGUACAUUUUAAAAUUUGAGAUCGAUGAGACAAAAAAUAGUGGGAUUUGUAAGACUCCUGUAUAAAAAAGACUUUGAUGAA